UAAAAGUUUCAGCUUCUGUACAAACGAUGGACCGAAUGGUUUUAAUUUUUCUUCCAACUUUAAUAAUCAACUGUGAUGGGUUCCGUGUGCUGGGUCCUUCUGACCCUCUGAGUAUCCAGCUUGGAGGCUCAGUGAUGUUACCCUGCUAUGUUGAAACUCCUCUACCGAUGGAUGAGCUGGAAGUGGAGUGGAAGAGAACCGACACUUUAGUUCAUUUGUGGCAGAAUGGACAAAGUGAACCAGAAUCUCAGAACCAGGAUUAUAGAGAACGAGCACAUUUCUUCUCUGAGGAGGUCAAACAUGGAAACUUCUCACUCUUACUUACUAAUGUAACCAGUAAAGAUGCAGGAGUUUACAGAUGUGUGAUUUAUACAGGGAAGGAAUCUAAUGAAGCUUCAAUUGAAAUAAAGGAAGCAGAUCAUCUGAUUGUAACUGGAGGUCACGCUGUAUCUGCUUAUGCUGAUGAAGACGUCACACUGAAUUGCUCAAUCAAAUCUCAUUUACCACUAGAACAGAUAGAACAGAUUGAGUGGAGGAAAGUGGAUGAGAACAUCUUAGUUCUGCUGUAUGAAUAUGGUGAGGUCCUGACAGACUCCAGUGAUGAGAGAUACAGAGACAGAGUUGAACUCUUCAGUAAUGAAGAAGUUCAGAAAGGAAACUUCUCACUGAGACUGAAGAACGUCAGAACUGAGGACAAAGGGAUGUUCAUGUGUGUAGCGUUUCAUGAAGAUUUAUCAGCUAACGCCACUGUGGAGGUGCAGCAGCUUGGUUUGUCUUAUUUACAUUAUGGGAUUUUUUUCCUGUGUUUUGUUGCACUUGGGUCACUGUUGUUGAGCUUCCCAGCAUUUAUUUCUGUAAAAAACAACAAUUACAGCAGAAGAUCUUUGGCUAUACAGUACACACUUGUUGUUUUACCAAAUACGGCUUUAUUUUUUGCCUUCAUCCUUUGGGGUGUAACUGAUGGUACACACUGGACUUCAUACUUUAGAUGCCAUUAAUAUAUUUAUUGUUUGUUUGUUUGUUGUUGUUUUUGUAUUGGCAAUAUUCAACUGCUCUGAUAUUUUAUAUUG